AUGGGACUCAUGCUCUCCAAACCCGCUCGUACACUCGAGCCUGCACCUGAGCCGACAAACAGCCACCUCCUCCGCAUCCCACCAGAACUCCGCCUCAUCAUCUACACCGAGUACUUCUCCUCUCUCGCACUGUCCCGUCAGUGUGAGGAGACAUUGCAAGCCCCUCUCCUCUACAUACCCACCUCCCCCCUAGAUCCUUCAAUCAACUCCUCCCUUACCCCUAGCAAGCAUCGCUCGCCUCAAGUCCCACUCCUCAGCACCAGCAAACAGAUCCGCGCAGAGGCUCUCCCCGUCUACAAGGAAACGCUCGACUCCCGUCGCGAGGCCGCCUUGCUGCGAUGUAGGGAAUCCAUAGCUUAG